CGGUACAGGUCCGCCUGCCGGUCGUCGCCGCGGCUGAGCGCCUUCCGGGCCCUCAGCUCCUCGAUGGUCUUGCUCUGGGCGCACAGCGUGAAGAUCCACAACGUGAGCAUCGUGGACAUAUUCUGGGCCUGCAGCUUCGUGAUCUCGAACUGCGCCUACGCCAGCCACGGGGCCGCCCAAAAGGCUUAUGCGGGCCGCAAGGCGCUCGUUCUCGCUCUCACGACAGCGUGGGCAAGCCGCCUCUCGACCUACCUUUGGUGGCGCAACCAUGUCUCCGCGGUUGGGGUUGGAGCCGGAGGCUCUCAUGAGGAUUUCAGGUACCAGAAAUUCCGUGCUUUCUGGGACAGGAAUGGUCUCAGCUAUUGGUGGUUUAGUUUGCUGCACGUGUUCACACUGCAGGGGGCGCUCUCUUUCACAGUGGGCGCUCCGCUGCUUGCGGCCUCGACGCGAGAGCAACCGCAGCACUGGACCCUGUGGGAUGCUGCAGGAUUUGGGGCCUGGGUUUGUGGGUACAUCUCCAAGGGCACGCUGGCGAUCUGGAGCUGA